GAUAAGUUGUCAUUGGUCCGUGUCUCCGUGACCGUUGAUGCUUACAUCAGCACAGAUUCGCUCAGGGUUGUUGUUUACGUGUGUGUUCUUCUCAGAUGUACUCUGCGUGCUUUAAAAGUAGAUUAUUUUCCAACCCCCACUGGUUGUGUGUUAUGAUCGUACUGUGGGGGCGGUGUGAAGUCUCGUUAUGUGUCUCCGCGAUUCUCAGUGACUUUGAUAACGCUCUCCGUCAUCACCGGAUGACAGGACAUUCACAGUGAUACUUAGGUGAAAGGGACAUGUCUCUGUCCCCCCAAGGGACAACAUGACACACACCACAGUACGUCCUCGUUGUGCCGUGAAGAAGGGGAAGUGAAACCGGGUUUAUCGUCAUCAAGCUGUCUCCACCUUCUCCAUAAGAGCAAACCACCAGACAUUAGCUAUUUUUUUAGCUAAUGAAGAGUGUCCUGUGGUCUCAAGAUGCCGGACAAUGAGAGGUCCCUGUCUGCUCCCAGGAAGCUCAGUUAUGCGUUGGGACAUUUUCUGAACGACUUGUGUGCAUCUAUGUGGUUCACGUACUUGUUGGUCUUCUACCACUCUGUGCUGGGUUUCCGGAACACAAACGCGGGUGUGCUGCUGCUGGUGGGGCAGGUGGCUGAUGCUCUCUCUACACCUCUGAUUGGCUACGAGUCUGACAGAACCCCCGGCUGUGGAAACUAUGGCAGGAGGAAGACAUGGCACUUAGUUGGCACACUGAGUGUGGUGCUGUCUUUUGCCUUCAUCUUCAACCAGUGUCUGGGCUGCAACUCCCUUACCCCUCAGUGGGUCAGCUUGACCUACUUCAUCCCGUUCAUCAUCGUCUUUCAGUUUGGCUGGGCGGCCACGCAGAUCUCCCACCUCUCUCUCAUUCCAGAGCUGGUCACCUGUGAGCAUGCUAAAGUAGAGCUCACUGCAUACAGAUAUGCAUUCACAGUGAUUGCCAACAUCACAGUGUACGCUGUGGCCUACCUGCUGUUUCACAUGCAAGCCAGUGAGGACGGUGACACACUCAGCGAUGCACUUGGACCAGCAGACAUCCCCAUCUUCAGGAAUUUGGCUCUGAUUGUACUUGGUAUCGGUGCACUCUUCUCCAUCUUCUUCCACUUGGGAACCAAAGAGUCAAGGCAAGGGGAGGCUCGAGGAGAGGAUGUGAGGAAGAGAAUGGAGGAGGAAGAGGAGACAAGUGAGCUUCCUCACUCUAAGACCCCCUCAUCUCUGCUUCAGUGGAAGUGUUGGUUGCAGCAGCCUUCUUUCUACCAGGUGGCCUUACUCUACAUGUCCACCAGGUUGAUAGUUAAUCUGUCUCAGACCUACAUCUCAAUGUAUCUUAUUAAUACUCUAGGGCUGCAUAAGAAGUUCAUAGCGACGAUCCCAUUAGUCAUGUACAUGAGUGGCUUCCUGUCCUCCUUCGUUAUGAAGCCUCUGACUAAACUGAUUGGAAAAUGUCUCACCUAUUUUGUGGGCCUGCUGCUGAUCAUGGUCUUCUCCUACUGGGUGCUGCUGGAUGACAGGAUGGGUCAGCGGGUGUACGGGGCAGCUGUGCUGCUGGGCGCAGGCUCAGCCACCAUCCUGGUCAUAUCGCUUGCCAUGACUGCUGAGCUCAUUGCCGAUCAGACUCAAAGUGGAGCAUUCGUUUAUGGAGCCAUGAGUUUCACCGAUAAGUUGGCUAAUGGAGUGUCAGUGAUGAUCAUUCAGGCACUACACCCUUGCCACACUGUGGUGUGUUGUCAGGCCUGUGUCUGGUUCUAUCAUUACAUCAUGGUCAUUGUGACAGGAGGCGUGGCUGUCAUCGCAGCUUUGGCUCUCUGCUCCAUCCUCAUCUGGCCAAUAAGCAUCAGACCACGUGGUUUGCUUGUCAUCUCUGAUGAUGUCAUCUCUGAUGAUGCAGCCAGAAUCAACUAAUACCUCUGAAACUGACUCUCCAUCACAGUGCAACUGAAAGAUGCAAACUGAUUCAUGUUAGUUUGCCAGGUAAAUUCCUGAGUGGCUGCUUGUGGCGGCAGGGUGUGGUUGGGGUGCCAACUGCUGGACAGGGAGGAGAGGCUCAGCCGUUCAUGGGACAGCUGUGCGAUCUACAGCUCUACUCUACUUCAUAUCUUAGAUUUUAAGCUUAGGGGCUGAGCAAGAAAACAGGCAGAAUCUUCACCCUUUCAGCAACUGACCAUUCCCACAAUUUAUUAACUUUUCCCCAAAACUAUAUUGACCGAUCCCAGACGUUACUGAACAUAGAGACACAGUCGCAUUUAAAAGGAUAGUUCACCCAGAAAUGAAAAUUCAGCUCACCUCAGCUGGAUCAAUACACAUGACGAUGGGAACUGUGAUCCCGAUCGUUCAUCAGCAGAUAAGGAACAUCAGCCAAACAAAAGGGAACUCAUUAUGUGUGGACCAGUUCAAAUUAUUUCUACCUGCCAGCUUGUCAGUUAUGCUGAUGUGACAGAGAACGCUUAAUUGCGUUAAUAACAGGUUGUUGCACUACAUCUUCCCCCACAGAAGGAUACAUAGAUAAACCACUACAUUUACAGACCGUCAGUCUCAUGAAGAGCCACCGCUAACUCCACAGACUGGCAUGAUGAGAAAAAGAAGGAACGCACAGAUGACACUUAAAAAACAAAUGAACCUCAAACUUGGGUGACUUUGGGAGCAAACAUAGGCAGGGAAAUUUUGCUUUUUUUCUGCUGACUGAAAGACUCACUUCACUGGCUGUGGAGUCGCUAAGCUUCAUGUACUUGGUUUUUUGGACACAAGAAUCCCAGUAGAGAAUAAUUCACUAGAGCGCUGCAGUUUUUUAAAGAAAUGCUGACAUUCAUGUAAAGCCUGUUCUGCUGCAUGGUAGGAAUGAGGCAUGCUGGGAGAUCUUGUGAUUGUUUUGGGUAAUCUUAUUUUAGUUUUUUGUGUUUUACCUCUUUAUAAUCAGACCAAAUGGAAAAUGAAUACAAUUAUUUUUAUAAUCAAAAGACACAUGAAUAGCAGAAUGGCAUUUGAUAUAAGCAGACUUUAAAGGGAUCAAUAGUGUAAUAUGUGAAUUUAUAUAAUAUGUUAUUAUUAAUAAAAGGAAAUCAUGCAGGUAAAUAAUCAGAGUAGGUAUUGAUGUUUGACUGGGAGCUGUGUGAAAGCUCCCUUGAGAAGUCAUGUUCUGCCAAAACUUCUUUGACCAUUCAUUAUCUCAUUUACAAUGACUUUGUUUGCCUUUCUUGUGCUUUUGCUGCUCUGAUGAGACUUUCAUAAAGGGACAUUAAAUACGCA